AUUUCAUAAAAUGUAUUUAUUUUCUUUUGUUAUUGUAGAGGUUGUCAAUAUUUAAAAAAGAGAGAAAAAAUGCAUGAAAGAAAUGUUGACAUACAAAUUUCGUUUUGGUAAAUGGAUUUUGAAAAUUUAAUGCUUACAAGUGACAAACAUGAAGCUUCUCACACACAACUUUUUGACAUCAAACAUCAUUAAAGGAGUAAAGAAUGGCUAUCCUCUGGGUCUUCAUGCGGGGAAAGUGGAGGUGAAAGAAGUGGAUUUUAAUUCAGAUUUUAUCACAAGAAUGAUGCCAAAAAUAGAUUGGAUAGCCCUACAGAAAGCAGCAAAGGAGUGUGGUUAUGGAGAGGGAUUACCCGAGACAGUGGAGGACAAAUUAUUGGAGGACACAGAUUUCCUGAAGAAGGUCCACAAUGCUUUGUUGGAGGUUGAGGUGAUCGAGGGGAAGCUGAUAUGUCCGGAGUCUGGUCGGGAAUUUCCCAUUAAUAAUGGCAUACCUAACAUGCUACUGAACGAAGACGAAGUGUGACAGCAAAAACAAGCAAUGUCUGAGGGUGGAAAACGCGACUGAUAGAAUGAAUGACUGGUGGAUGAGUGUUGAUAGAAUGUGGAGUGGUUGGUGGAAAACAUGGAUAAAUGACUGAGAGCAGUUUGGAGUGUUUACAUAAGCAGUGUACCAUUCCUGUGAAGUAUAGUGGAACUGAUUCAAUUUGUAAUUGUGUCAGAAUGUUAUAAAUACAUAGUUCCUUGAAAAUUAAUGUUUCAUAAUUUGAUAUUAAAAAGUUUGUAAGCUUUGUACAUGUAUUAGUGUAAGUAAGAUACAUUUGAAUGUUAAGGUUGUCAUGGGUACAAACUUUCCAUAAAUCCCAUACAAUUUAAAUCUGCAUUUUACACACAGUACUAUAUAAUGAAUGUUGUCUAACAAAACAAAAAAUUUACAGAAUCAAACUGACAAUGUUGUUAAAUGUGUGUGUAUUAUGAGUGUACAUAAUGAAUGUGUGGAAAAGAAACUACAUGUGUCAUUGUGUUGUUUUAACCAUUUUGAUUUUCAGUCUACAAAGACAUUAUACUGCUUGGUAUUGAUAUGAAGUGUACUUUAAUCUCAGUUUACUGAAUACACAGCAGGGUUAAGGUGUCCCGAGUAAAAUAACAAGUAUUAACAGCAUAUUCAUAUUAAAGUAAAAUUCUUCCAAGCAUCGCAUAUUUUCAGUAAAAAUUGUUUAUCAAUACAUAAACAAACAUCGUAUCACGUGGGGAAAUCCUUCGCUUAACUAUUACGUCGUCAUACAAGUGUCGUAGAACUAUUUUUAUCCGCUAGACUUUUAGUUGUUUAUCACCUCGGCACAGGUGAAAGUUACACUCAAUCAUUUGAAGUUUGGGCGCGAUAUGUUGAUAUUGAUAUGGUAAAUUUAAAAAGUGAUACAAAUCGGUACAAUAUUCUCUCAAAUAUAGCAAUUUCCACAAUCUCAACCCAAAUUUUGGGUAUUUCCCACAUUCACUGCCAAAUCUUAUCUAAACGAUACAAAAUAUCCUACCUUCCGUAUCAAAAUCCUAAAUCUGCAACUAGUUACCUUUAGGAAUAUGCCUUGAUCGAAAUAAAGUAUCGUCAUCUUUCACCUGUACUGAGUCGAUAAGUACACAUGUUGGUUUUCUUUAUUCCAAAUGACUAUACACAUCGGGAGCGAUUUCAAGUUCACAACGUAAUAUAAAGAUUACAGUCUUCAGUGCACACUAUAUAUAAAAAUAUGAAACUUGUAUAUAUUAUCAAAGAAAACUGGGGGGAAAAAAUCAUCUGACAAACAGAUUUAAACAUAUGCAGCUUAAACACUAGAUAACGGUAGUAAAUAGCGAGAAAAUAUUAUGACAUUUUCCCCGCAAUACAACUAUAGACCUGUGUGUCGUGACAUACUUUCAUAUUGUGACGUCAUAUAGUGUGAAGUGCACUGAGGUACAUUUUAUGAUUUUGUUUUAACUUUCUCGGGAUACCUUAACCCUGCUGUGUACAUGCAACUAGGAUCAACCAAGAAUAUUUUUUCAAAAUGCUGUUGUCAUUUUCAUCCAGUUCAUGCAUUAAAUCUAGUAACUGUUGGUGAACCGUGAAGAAUAAACUUCUGUAAUUUA